AUGAAAAACUCAUAUUUGCUUUUGAUCGUUGCCAUUACAUUAGUACAUGUACAUGGCUUGGAGGAGUCUCUGACCCUUAUGAGUUUAGAGUAAAUGAAUUCGUUGGACACAUCUUAAUAUGAUUGCUCACGUCCAUAGUCUGAAUUCAUCCAGAUGGAGAAUUCCUUGUCCUAAUGGCAAGACUUGUUGGAACAUAAAGAUUACAUUGAUCAUGAUAUUAAAGUACUUCAAGGCAUCCAAGCUAAAGUGGGCCUCAAAGCAUCACAUAAAUAAGUGAUCAAAUCAUUAAGUCAACUAAAAUUACCAAAAACAUCAACAAAGAUAGGUUUGGCUGAAGUUGAAGCACUAAAGCAAUAAUGUGGAUGUCUCAAAAAUUCUGAUGACAAUUGUGAUGCUCUUUUAAAAUUGCUAUCUUAUUUCAUCCUUUCCCUCAGAAAUGUUUAAUCCUAAAUGCCAAUAACAUCCAAUAACUUCAUCACAGCUGGAUGUGGAGGUACCAUAGAUAUCAAAGGAGAUGAAAGUUGUGAUACUCCAUAGUAACCUGAACCUACCACACCAACAGAUGUUCCUUCUACAGAUCCAGUCCCAUAACCUACAACUGACCCAGUACCAGAUGAUCAAAAAGAUUCUGAAGAACCUGCAGAAGAAACCACCACCGAAGAAACAGUAGAUACUGCCGAAGAAGAAUAAGGAGAUUAAUAACCUCCUGUUACUCCAGAGGAAACAACUUAACCAGAAGAAGGAGAAGCUGAUGAAAAAUAACCAGAAGAAGGAUCUCCCAUUGCUGAAGAAACUGAACCAGCUGCUGCAGAAGAAUAAGAAGGAUCACCUGAAGAAACAAAAGCUGAAGAAGGAGUUGACACUCCAGCUGCAGAAGAGGAAGCAGGUGUUUUAGCUGAAGAAGAAGGAGCAGAAGAAUAGGCACAAACAGCUGAAGAAGGAGCAUAAGAAGAAGUGAAUUAACCUGAAGAAGAAAUUACAGAACCUGAAGAGGAUAUAGAAAUUCAAGUACCAGAAGAAGAAUCUGAAGAAAAUGCUGUAGAAGUUGCAGAAGAAGGAUAGGCUGCAGAAGAAGUCCAACCAGAGAGUGCUGAAGAAGGUUAGGUUGAGGUUGCAGAAGAAGGAUAAGCUGAGAGUGCUGAAGAAGGUGUAGCUGAGGCAGUUGAAGAGACAAUUGCUGCUCCUGAAGAAGAAGAGUUAUAAAUAGAUGAACCAGCUGAAGAAAUUGAUAUAGAAGUACCUGCAGAAGAAGAAGCUUGUGAAGAAGAAGAAUUGGACUAAGAAGAGGAGGCAUUUGAUGAAGAAGCUGGUGAAUAGGCUGGUGAAGAGGCUAGCGAAGAGGGUUCUUAAAAGGAAGACACUUAAGUACCAGGAGAAACAGAGGAGCAAGCUGAAGGUGAAUAACCAGGAGAAGAGUAAUAAUAAUAACCAGAUGCUGAAGAGACAGAAAGUUCAGUUGGAGAACCAUUAGAAUUCGAAGAAGAGUCAAAUGGUGAAGUUCCUGCAACAGAAGAAACUACAGCUCCAGGUGAAGAAACAGCAGCUCCAGGGGAAGAAACUGCAGCACCAGGCGAAGAAACCGCAGCUCCAGGUGAAGAAACUGCAGCUCCAGGAGAAGAAACUACCACUACUGAUGAAGAGACAACAGAUGCUGAAGAGAGUAGUGUUGGUGAUGAACCUGUACCUGAUGAUUAAUAAGAUGAAGAAUAAGAAGUAUUACCAGAAGGGUGCAGAAAAGUCCCUGAAGAUGUUUUGGACAUCAGUUGGUAGAGUACAGAAGCAGUAGCUGUAAGUGAUUUACCAGUUACAGAGACUUAAAUCAUUGGAUUAUCAUUCUAUUUCAGAUGGUUAUCAAAAUUCCCAGAUGCUGUUCCAGAGGGAUUGAGUUAAGAAACUAAAUUCUUUGUUGCUGGAUUAGGAAAUGCAUUGAAAUUCUAUGUAGGAUAAGGAGGAUUCCAUUUCAGUUCAUUCGAUGAGAAUGGUGUUGAAACUUACAAGAAUGCUGGUCAUGGUGACAUUGAAGGACAAUGGGUACUUGUAUACUUUGGUAUUUCCAAUUAAAAAGUUACAGGAUUUGCCUAAAUUUAAGGAUAAGAUGUUGAGACUGUCGAAUUUGAUGUUAAUUUAACAUUAGAUGAAUCUUAUCAAUUGGUGAUUGGUGGACCAGAUGGUGAUGUUAAAUCAUUUAAUGGUUAAAUUGCUAGAGUAUUUGCAUUCAAUGAUGAAUUGUACACAUAAGCAACUGAAUUCACUUAAUUUGUUACUAAAUGCUAUGGAAUUCCUAAAAACAUUUAUAGUGGUAAGAGAUUAACAAUUCCAAUUGAGAAGGAGAGAACAUUUGUAUCUCCAGCUUCAUUUGAUUAUGAUAGUGUUUUUGAAAAUAAGAAGCCCAUGUUACCAGAUGAAUAUUCUGCCAGUGGUUGGUUCAAAUGGGAAAAACCUAAUGACUAAAAUAUCUGGCAUUCAGGAUUUAGAUGGACUACCAAUAAUCAAGAGACUAAUCAGAACUUCAGAGUUCUUGGAGAUAGAGGACUUUCUUUCUUUGUUGGAGAUGAAGAUAACUUACAGGGACAUGUUGCCUUUUGUACAUAUUCUUACAAGACUGCUAAUGGUAAAUCAAAGGUUAAUGAUUGCAAGAUGGUUAAGUAUGGCAAUAAAUUGACUGAAUGGUUCUAUGUUUAUUUUGGAUACAGUAGACACUUGAACAAGGCUUAUGGAUACAUGGAAUUCACACACGAGAUGGCUCAAAUAGAAUUCAAGGAUGUUAGACACUAUUUUGCCAGCAAAAUUUAUUUCUAUUUGGGAUAAGAUAAGUUCUAUCCACCUUUCAAUGGCAAGGUUCAAGGAUUCAUGUUGAAUUUCUUCGAUGGAUCAUACAGAACAUCCAGUUAUGAUUACACAUUCGGAUAUUUCCCAAGACCAGUCUAUGAAUAUGAUGAUUCUAAGGAAUUGAUCCCAUCUGAACCAGUAGUAAAGCAGAAAUGUCCUAAAGUGGUUGAGAUCACUGUUGACAAUGCAUCUGAUGUUUUAUGUGCUUUGAGCAGUUAUUUGUCUGCUGUUGCAUAAGGACAUGACCCUGCUUCAGAUCCUAAGGCUGAGACCUUCUGUUUCUGUUUGGUCUAUGAGGAAGAAAAUGCUACUCCUGAAUUGUUGAUGUUGGCUUAAAUUUUUGGUGGAAAGAUUAAAUAGAAAUCACCUAAUGUUAAUUCCUCAAUCAAGAAACUGUUAAGCAGAUAGAAUGCACUAUUAAAGUGAUUGUUAGAACAUUCAAUAUUAUUUUAUUAAUUAAUAUACUCUCUA